CUCUCUAAAGCUCAGAUUGGUUUGGCGUUUCAAUGUAUCUGAAUCUUUUCUGCCUAAUUCUGCAUGUUUCAAUUUUCAUGCUGCCAUCAUUAUUAAUUUGUACGAAUUGGAUUGUACUCUGCCAUUGUACAAGGUGGACGUGGAAGUCAAUGCAGAUCAUACCAAUUGUGGGCCCCACUGAAAAUCACGCUGAUUAGAUGAUUGUAGGUUUGCGAUCCAAGGACAGAUGGGGAAGUUUUCCUUGAAUCACACUGAUCAAACAAUCUGUCUGAAGAAAGGAUAUUGGAUUGAUGUUUAGUGUUUGAUGAAAACGUACAUCCAUGGAGACCCACCAUCAAGUACUGGAGGUCUUGUGGCAUAUUCCGAGUCAAAACCAUAUGGUGGUUCAAGUAGUGUUGAUUCUUCUCAAGUAGAAGCCAAGAAGAAGAGGGUGGUGGUGCUUGGAACCGGAUGGGCUGGCACAAGCUUCUUUAAAAAUCUGGACUGUUCCUUGUAUGAUGUUCAGGUGGUGUCACCCCUUAAUUAUUUUGCAUUUACGCCACUUUUGCCGAGUGUUACAUGUGGUACUGUGGAAGCACGUAGCGUUGUUGAGCCUAUCCGUAACAUUAUUAGAAAGAAAAAUGGAGAAAUUCAGUUUUGGGAAGCAGAAUGUAUCAAGAUUGAUGCUGCAAACAAACGGGUUCAUUGCCGUUCUAAUGAUAGCACGAUUGUGAAAGGGAAAGAAGAAUUUCUUGUAGACUACGACUACUUGGUGAUAGCAAUAGGAGCUCAGGUAAAUACAUUCAACACUCCUGGUGUGAUGGAGCACUGCCAUUUUCUGAAGGAAAUAGAGGAUGCUCAGAAGAUCCGUAGGAGUGUUAUUGAUUGCUUUGAAAGAGCCAGCCUUCCAAACCUCAGUGAGGAUGAGAGGAAGACUGCUCUCCAUUUUGUAAUCGUUGGCGGAGGUCCGACUGGAGUGGAAUUUGCUGCGGAGUUGCAUGAUUUUUUCUGCGAGGACUUGGUCGAGAUAUAUCCCACAGUUAAAGAUUUAGUAAAAAUAACAGUCAUUCAGUCAGGGGAUCAUAUUUUGAACAUGUUUGAUGAAAGAAUCAGUUCAUUUGCCGAACAGAAGUUCCAAAGGGAUGGUAUUGAUGUGAAAAUAGGACAACGGGUUAUCAGUGUGUCUGAUAAGGCUAUUACCACCAAGGCAAAGGCAAAUGGACAGAUUUCUUCUGUACCAUAUGGCAUGGUUAUUUGGUCUACGGGUAUCAGGAUCCGCCCUGUUGUAAUGGAUUUUAUGCAGCAAAUUGGUCAGAAUAAUAGGCGUGCUUUAGCAACUGAUGAAUGGCUGCGAGUCGAAGGAUGUGAUGGCAUAUAUGCGCUCGGUGAUUGUGGGACAAUACAUCAACGCAAAGUCAUGGAAGAUAUUUCAGCGAUAUUUAAUGUUGCGGACGAGGACAAAUCUGGCACUCUAACUGUUAAAGAAUUCCAAGAUGUUAUUGAUGAUAUUAUUGUGAGGUACCCUCAAGUGGAGCAUUAUUUGAAAAGUAGGCAUAUGAAUGAUGUUGUGGAUCUGUUGAAUGAUUCCAAAGGGGAUGAGAGAAAAGAAUCUAUUGAGUUAGAUAUUGAAGGGUUCAAGUCAGCUCUUUCUCAUGUGGAUUCACAGAUGAAGAAUCUUCCUGCAACUGCUCAGGUUGCUUCUCAACAAGGUGUGUACCUUGCUAGGUGCUUUAACCACAUGAAGGAUUGUGAAGAUAAUCCUGAAGGUCCUCUCAGGUUUAGAGAAUCAGGUCGCCACCAAUUUCAGCCGUUUCGGUACAAGCAUUUUGGGCAAUUUGCUCCAUUGGGAGGAGAGCAAGCAGCUGCAGAACUCCCUGGAGACUGGGUUUCUAUUGGUCACAGCACCCAAUGGCUUUGGUAUUCCGUUUAUGCCAGCAAACAAGUUAGUUGGCGCACAAGAGCAUUGGUGGUAUCAGACUGGACGAGGAGAUUCAUAUUUGGAAGGGAUUCAAGCCGCAUAUGACACAGUAAUAGAUUCCAGAACACAUGCCUCAGCAACCGUUCCUAGCAUCCUUGUCUUGUGUGUAUGUUUCUGUUUUCUUCUCUCUUUGUUUCUCCUUAAUUCCAUUGUAGAAAAUGGAUGUUCUAUAUUAACCAUGCAGCUUCAUUGUUCAUAUCAAUUUAAUUGUCACUGGUCCUGGAUUGGAAACCAA